GGACACCCCCAGGUAAUGCUGCCGGCCAGGACACCCCCAGGUAAUGCUGCCGGCCAGGACACCCCCAGGUAAUGCUGCCGGCCAGGACACCCCCAGGUAAUGCUGCCGGCCAGGACACCCCCAGGUAAUGCUGCCGGCCCUUUGUCAUGACCAUUUGGUAGACCCUUUGUCAUGACCAUUUGUCAUGAUGAUGUUUUAUCAAGGAUAAUGGAUAUUAUUAUUAUUUUUAAUUUUUUAUAUUUGGUCGUUUUACAGAGAAGAAGCAGUAGCCUAAAUUCAGAACCAGGUUCGCUGUGUGCGGAAAAAGGGGGUGGAGAGGAGGGACCAUGGGGCCAUCACGGGACCUCCCCUCCCGUCCGUUACCAUGACAACAGCCAUGGAUGGGGGAGCCACAUGUGGAGGGAGGAGAGGAGAUCAGUACAGGUGUUGAUGUGGUUUCCGCAUGGCUUUAUUCAUCCUUGCUGUGAUGACUGUAGGUUAUUGGACAUGGAUAGCUGCUGUCAGAACACCUACGCAAUCUCACCAUAGUUUCCCAUUGUAUUCGUUAACCUUGCUUUUCGGGAAUACGGACUGUAUAAUUUAAUUUACGGUGGAAAUAAUUAACAACAACCAAACGGUACUAUGGUGCAUCACUCGGGAUCCACACAGUCCUUCAAACAGCAAAACGGCAUGCACACAAGCAUCAGUGAGAUCUUGAAGGAGAAGCCGCUGAAUCCGUCCCGUCGCAGUCUGCCCUGCCUGGCUCAGAACCAGAUACACCCCCAAAGCCUCAGCCACGUUCUGUCCAUGCCCUGCACCCCCGACGACAAGCCGCAGACACCGCCGGAUCUCCAGGACCAGACACGUGCCCAGCUCCAGACCCAGCAGGUCGACCCCUGGUUACAGCACCAGGCCCAGGGAAAGGAACACCGUCAGCUCCAAGCCCAGACCCAGCCUCUGACCCACAGUCACAGCACCUCCUGCACCCUCAUCCCCUCAAAGACAGAAGCUGCGAAAGACCACUAUGGGGAGGAGUCAGAUGCUGUGAUGGACCACUAUGGGGAGGAGUCAGAAGCUGUGAAGGACCACUAUGGGGAGGAGUCAGAAGCUGUGAAGGACCACUAUGGGGAGGAGUCAGAAGCUGUGAAGGACCACUAUGGGGAGGAGUCAGAAGCUGUGAAGGACCACUAUGGGGAGGAGUCAGACGCUGUGAAGGACCACUAUGGCGAGGAGUCAGAAGCUGUGAAGGACCACUAUGGCGAGGAGUCAGAAGCUGUGAAGGACCACUAUGGGGAGGAGUCAGAAGCUAGUGCGUACAAGGCAGGAAGGACAGACAAGACGUUUCUCAUUCAGAAACCUGCCAUCCGAGCCAAAUUAGAGGCACGAGCAGAUUCGCUUCAGGGGACCAACCCCGGGCAGCCGUCCGGUCUGAUGUUCAGAGAUGGAAAGAAGCGUAUCGAUUACAUCCUGGUCUAUAGGAAGUCCAGUCCUCUGGUGGAAAAGAGAGUCACCUUUGAGAGGAACCUGAGAGCUGAGGGGCUGAUGCUGGAGAAAGUGCCGUCUCUGACCAACACCGACAUCAUGUUUGUGAAGAUCCAUGUUCCCUGGGACACACUCUGUAAAUACGCUGAGCAGAUGAAUAUCAGGAUGCCAUUCAGGAAAAAAAUGUACUUUACGGAUUGGAAGAGCAAAGUUAUGCGCAGCCGGUUUCAUCUGAGGUGUUGUCAGAUAAAGAGUUGGUUACCCAGCAACCCCAUGAAGCUGGACAAAGAGGCCCUACCUGACCUAGAGGAGACAGACUGCUAUACAGCCCCCUUCAGCAGGGCACGCAUGCACCAUUUUACCAUCAACAACAGACAGACGUUCUUCUCCAACUCCACCAGAAGCAGAAUAGUCCACCAUGUUCUCCAACGCACCAAGUAUGAGGACGGGAAGUCUAAGAUGGGUAUCAACAGGUUAUUGGGCAAUGGAACAUAUGAGGCGGCAUUUCCUCCACACGAGGGUGGCUAUAGGAGCCGACACCCUAUUAAUACCCACGGUGCCCAGAACCACAGACACCUGCUGUACGAGAGGUGGGCUCGCUGGGGCAUGUGGUACAAGUACCAACCCCUCGACCUUAUCAGGCGUUACUUUGGGGAGAAGAUUGGGCUGUACUUUGCCUGGUUGGGCUGGUACACUGGCAUGCUGAUCCCUGCAGCUCUGGUGGGUCUCUUCGUCUUCCUCUACGGACUCUUUACUAUGGACACUAGUCAAGUCAGUAAAGAGAUCUGUGAGGCCAACACAACAAUCAUGUGUCCCAUGUGUGAGCAGAACUGCAAACCCUGGAAACUCAGUGACAGCUGUGUCUAUGCAAAGGUGACCCAUCUCUUUGACAAUGGAGGAACUGUGUUCUUUGCUAUCUUCAUGGCUAUAUGGGCCACGGUGUUCCUGGAGUUCUGGAAGAGGAGGAGGGCGGAGCUGACGUAUGACUGGGACCUCAUCGACUGGGAGGAGGAAGAGGAGAAUUUGCGUCCCCAGUUCGAAGCCAAGUACUCCAGGUUAGAGAGAGUGAACCAUAUCUCUGGCAAGCCAGAGCCCUUCCAGCCCUUUACUGACAAACUCAGCAGACUCAUGAUCUCUGUGUCUGGCAUCUUCUUCAUGAUUUCUCUGGUCCUGACAGCGGUGUUUGCGGUGGUGGUGUUCCGACUGAUUGCCAUGGAGAAGUUUGCAUCGAUCGACUGGGAGUUUGUCAAGAAGAACUGGCAGUUUGCCACCUCUGGAACGGGAGUCUGUAUCAACUUCAUGAUCAUCAUGUCUCUGAAUGUGGUAUAUGAGAAGGUGGCUUACCUUCUCACCAAUUUAGAACACCCACGGACUGAGUCAGAAUGGGAGAACAGUUUUGCUCUCAAGAUGUUUCUCUUCCAGUUUGUAAACUUGAACAGCUCUACGUUCUACAUCGCUUUCUUCCUUGGAAGGUUCGCCGGCAGACCAGGGAAAUAUAACAAACUGUUCAAUAGAUGGAGACUGGAGGAGUGCCACCCCAGUGGCUGUCUGAUCGAUCUGUGUCUACAAAUGGGAGUCAUCAUGGUACUGAAACAGAUCUGGAACAACUUCAUGGAGCUGGGUUAUCCUCUGCUUCAGAACUGGUGGUCUCGCAGGAAAAUGAAGCGGACAGAGAGUAAGGAGAGGACAGGAGGGGGACAGAAUGUGGAGAACAAAGUACAGCUUCCUCAGUGGGACAAAGACUGGAACCUGCAGCCCAUGAACGCCCACGGACUGGUGGAUGAGUACCUGGAGAUGGUUCUCCAGUUUGGUUUCAUCACCAUCUUUGUAGCUGCGUUCCCAUUGGCUCCUCUCCUGGCUCUGCUCAACAACAUCAUUGAGAUCCGUCUGGAUGCCUACAAGUUUGUCACUCAGUGGAGGAGGCCCAUGCCUGCCAGAGCCACAGACAUAGGUAUCUGGCACGGUAUCCUGGAGGGGAUCGGCGUUCUGGCUGUCAUCACCAACGCCUUCGUCAUCGCCAUCACCUCCGACUACAUCCCUCGCUUCGUCUACGCGUUCAGAUACGGACCCUGUGUGGACAAGAGAUACCCUCAGGACGAAUGUCUGCGAGGCUACAUGAACAGCAGUCUGUCUGUGUUCGACAUGGGCGAACGCUGGAACGUGAGUGAGGAGCAGAGUAGAUACUGCAGGUACAGAGACUACAGAGCCUCUCCCUGGAGCCCAGUACCAUACGACUUCACUCUGCAGUUCUGGCACGUCCUGGCUGCAAGACUAGCCUUCAUCAUCGUCUUUGAGCACCUGGUGUUCGGAGUCAAGUCGUUCAUCGCGUACCUGAUCCCAGACAUGCCCAAGAGUCUGUGUGACCGCAUGCGGAGGGAGAAGUACCUGACGCAGGAGAUGAUGUAUGAAGCAGAGCUGGAGCACCUGCAGAAGGAGAGGAAGAUGAACUGCAGGAGAUAUCACCACGAGUGGCCUUAGUGUUAGUUAUGUUACGUUCCCCUGUACUACAUACAGUACCACGUCUGCACACCUACAGCAUAUACACUCAUAUAUAUACAGUACACUAACAUACUCUCUCUCACACACCAACACACACA